AAGAAGAAGAACAUCAAUAGAAUGAACAAACAGAAGAAUCACUCGCACGCGCACUCACGCACAACCUUCUUUCCCAUAAACACUCCAGCAAACUCUAAAGGGAUGGCCGGUGGCAACCACCCCAAGUCCUCUUCCAAUAAAGGCCCAUCCGCCUCCACCUCCGCCACUUCAUCCCACCGUAAAUCCCGCUGGGAAUCACCCAAACAGCCACCUUCCGACCGAAAAUCCAACCCCUCUCCCAAACCACCCACUCCCGUCCAAUCUAAACCCCUACCCGACCCCGCCCACGCCCCAUUCACUCCACCCGGACCUCCUUUCCCCUUCUCUGACCCACCACCACCUCCUGCUUACGGUUUUCACAUGCUCGACCGCCGUACAAUUAUCCUCGCCGACGGCAGUGUCCGCUCCUACUUCGCCCUUCCGCCUGAUUACGACUUCACUCCCCGCCACGUGGACCCCUCCCACCGCUUUUUACGGAACGAUUUCGGUAAUCGGUUUCCGCCACAAUUGAGUCCCGAAGUGGGAGGGUUUCGUGACAAUCGGGAGUUUUGGAACAAACCGAUUGGUGGGCCCGACGGGGUGGGACCGAUGAAGAGGAAGUACGGUGAUGAUUUGCAAUAUGUGAACCCUAGCGGCGAGGGUUUGGCGGGAACGAGUGGGCCGUUUGAAGAGGAAUUGAGGCCUUCCAAGUUUAUGAGAAAUGGUGUUGGUGGUGGUCAGAGUGUAGUGAAGCAUAAGUAUUUUGAGGUUGAUGAGAAUGCCCUAAACAAGGCGUUUUUACAUUUCGUGAAGGCCAUUAAUGAGAAUGUGGCGCAGAGGAAAAGUUAUUUGGAGAACGGGAAGCAAGGACGACUUCAGUGUAUUGCGUGUCGCAGGUCUUCAAAAGAUUUCCACGAUAUGCAUGGCCUGAUAAUGCACACGUACAACUCAGAUAAUGCUGACUUGCGUGUGGAUCAUUUGGGCUUGUAUAAAGCUCUUUGUGUAUUAAUGGGAUGGAAUUACUCGAAGCCUCCUGAUAACUCUAAAGCCUAUCAGUUUUUACCUCCUGAUGAAGCAGCAGCAAAUCAGGAUGAUAUGAUUAUAUGGCCACCCACUGUGAUAAUUCAUAAUACAAUUACGGGGAAGGGUAAAGAUGGGCGCAUGGAAGGAUUGGGAAACAAAGCAAUGGAUAAAACAAUAAGAGAUCUCGGUUUUGGAAGUGGCAAGUCAAAAUCAUUGUAUGGAAGGGAGGGUCAUCUGGGCAUCACUCUUGUAAAGUUUGCAGGUGAUCAAUUAGGGCUAAGGGAUGCCUUGCAUUUGGCAGAAUACUUUGAGAAGGACAAUCGUGGACGCAAGGUCUGGUCUCGUGUGCAGCCCAUGAUGUUGGGCAAAGAUGAUCAGAAUAAUCCAAGUCUUUUGACGGUGGAUCCAAGGACCGGAGAGAAAAAGAGGAUCUUGUAUGGCUAUCUCGGAACUGCUAAUGAUCUGGACAAGGUUGAUUCUGAAACAAGGAAGAAGGUUGUGAUUGGGAGCCAGAGGGAACUCAAAGUAUCCAAGUAACUUAUGGGUACAUUCCAAGCGUGGAAGGUCAUGGGAGGUUAACGAUGUUUGAUUGCUAACAGUAUUUGAGGUUAAGAUGUGGCAUCCUCAACUAUUUAUAAUGUUACACCAUUUGUCGUGCAAUAUUUGAUUGGCAAUAGGCAUUAAUGGUUAAUCUUAAUAUAGGCUUUCUGAGCUGCCCGUUCUUUUUUUCUUAGUAUAAAAUAUCG